AUGGUCACCACCAGCCACGAUGCAGGCCAAGGACGAACUGCAGGCGGCCAUCCCUUGAAGGCUCCCGAUUUAGCUGCGAAGGACCUCAGGAGGCAUGGACCACGAAGGAUGGUUCCUAUGGAGUACCACAUUCUUCCGCAACGUGGAUUAAUCGAUCACUACCAGGAGUUAGCGGAACCGUUCACGAAAACCUGCAUGCAAACUGCGGGACUGCAUCUCUUGACAUCUGGGGAGCCUGCGCGGAAGUUUAUCGUAGCCCUGGAGAGAAUAAUCUCGAAGCGCAUGAGACUGCUCUGUCUAGUCCUAUCCGGAGGGGUCUCGCGCUGCCCUAGCUAA